GAAGUAGUAACGGUGUUAAGCGUGACAGUGCCCGUUGGAUUACGUCUGCUUGUGACAUUGCCCGAUGGAGGUUAGCAGUACCAGAGGAAUGCCAAAGGUUCCAUCUACUAUUUAAGAUUGUGGUGGAUUGAAUACGGUUGGACUCGGGACUGCUAACUUAAUCAUGUAAACUAAUCAAAGUAAUAGAAUUACGUUUCGAACCAUCGAGGGCGUUGUGUCGGAUCAUCAGGAACGCCGUCGUGUUUCUCAGCCAUUGGGGGACUUCAUAAGUGUCAUUUGUUGGAAGAUAUCGGUGGAAGGAAUUGGAAAUCAUUUGAAGCCAGAGUCGAUCUCACACUCCAUUAGAAAAAUCCUGGUCACAUAUAAAUACUUGAGUCACAUAGGUCAGGGACUCGGAGGGCCAGCCAGUGGUGACAGUUCCUCACUCAAAGUUACCUGGACAUAAAGCAUGAAGACUAGAAGAUAGCAAAGAGUUUACAAGACCCGGAGUUUAGAUCUGCUGUUUCUUUUCUUGGAUUAAAGGUGCUUAAAAGAGUGUGAUACAAGAUGGCGAGUUUUUUUCGUCGCCGGAGGAGUUUAAUUGCGAAGAUUGUGUUGACAAUUCCUGCCUUAUGGUUCCUGGGGGUAGUUCUUAUGAAUUAUAACGAUGUGGAUAAUAACGGGAGCCAGGGAAAUAAUCAUAAACGUCAGGCUGCUUCAGACCACAAGGCAUUACCAGCUCACGAGUUUGGAGGCGACAAUGGCCACAACGACAGACUCCAUGCUGUUGAUAGGGGAGUUCUUGCACAAAAAAUUCAUGAGGAAUUGGGGGGUAAUAAUCGGGGAAACAAUUUUAUGAAAGAAGAAGAGAACAUACCAACACCUAGGCCUGAUAGAAAAAAAAAUGUGGAAGAAAAACCUCCUUUAAAAUUUGUUCCAAAGGAACGGAACCAUCCUCCGGUUGAUCCCAAUGCUCCAGGGGAAAAUGGAAAGGCAGUGGUUAUAGAUAAGGAUAAACUAUCACCAGAAGAGCGAAAAAAAUACGAUGAUGGUUGGCAAAACAACGCCUUCAAUAUGUAUGCUAGUGACAUGAUCUCUCUUCAUCGUAGUCUGCCAGAUGUACGGGACACCGAAUGCCAAUCUCUUCAGUACCAGGAAAAACUACCCGAUACCAGUGUGGUGGUGUGUUUUCACAAUGAGGCUUGGACAGUGCUGCUCCGAACUGUACACAGUAUUAUAGACAGAUCCCCACCACAUUUACUCCGGGAAGUUGUCCUCGUAGACGAUUACUCUGACAUGGAUCACCUGAAAGAGCCUUUAGAAACUUACAUGGCGAAAUUAGGCAAAGUGAAAAUUGUCAGAACUAAAAAGCGAGAAGGAUUAAUACGGGCCCGGUUGCUAGGAUACUCAGCAUCUACUGGAGAUGUUCUGACGUACCUGGACUCCCACUGCGAAUGUACUGAAGGAUGGUUGGAACCCUUGUUAGACAGAAUUGCAACCAAUAAUUCUAUAGUCGUCUGUCCUGUCAUCGAUGUCAUCGAAGAUGACUCAUUCAAAUACCAAUAUGGCAGUGCCAAAAGCACAAGCAUCGGGGGAUUUGAUUGGAACCUUCAGUUUAACUGGCACGCCAUCCCAGAAUACGAACGUCAGCGUCGACAAUACAAGGACUAUAUGCCAGUCAGAUCCCCUACAAUGGCUGGAGGACUGUUCUCCAUCAGCCGGGAAUACUUCACAAAGAUCGGCACCUACGACCCCGGAAUGGACAUUUGGGGUGGAGAGAACUUGGAAAUGUCCUUCAGGGUUUGGAUGUGCGGUGGAACGCUUGAGAUCAUCCCAUGUUCACAUGUAGGCCACAUCUUCAGGAAACGUAGUCCAUACAAAUGGAGGUCAGGGGUCAAUGUGGUGAAGAAAAACUCAAUCCGAUUGGCCGAGGUCUGGAUGGAUGACUAUAAGAACUAUUACUAUGAACGAUUUAACAAUGAUCUGGGUGAUUAUGGCGAUGUUUCGGAGAGGAAAUCACUGAGAAAAAAACUGAACUGUAAAUCAUUUGACUGGUUUGUGAAAAAUAUUUAUCCCGAUCUCUUUGUACCCGGAGAAGCUGUAGCAUCAGGGGAGGUACGUAACAAGGCCAAACCAAUGUGCGUGGAUAGCUCAGUGGAUUCUCACAACUUCCACAAACCAGUGAAUAUGUGGCCAUGUCACAACCAGGGUGGAAAUCAGUACUGGAUGCUGAGUAAAGGAGGUGAGAUUCGCCGUGACGACGGUUGCCUAGACUACUCUGGUGGAGAGAGUGUGAUUAUCUACCCCUGUCACAGCCAGAAGGGCAACCAAGAGUGGGUUUAUAGGGAGGACAACACAAUUCUCCACGCUAACACACAAAAAUGUAUGGAGGUGUCCGUGGAUGGACAGAAGCUUCUGAUGCGGACAUGUACGGGGAUUGACCGACAACUCUGGCAAUGGAAGAAGAAACCUCCUAACGGCAUUAUACGCGAUGUAGCUUAGGCACGCCAUUGUUAUCAUGUUGAUACAGUUUACAGAAUUGUUAUUUUUCUAUGCAAGAGAUGUUAUUUUUAUAGAGAUCCUGAGUAUUUUAUAAUGCCAUACCUGUGAUCAUAACUUUGACACAACGUUCCACGGACCAACCAUUCCAUGCAGCCAAUCACCACAAUAUCUGUGGACGGAUGGCUGCCAUUUUGUAUUUCGAUGGCCAACAUAUUGAAUGUGGAUGCUUGAAAAUGGAUUACCUCCAUUUUAAAUGUGGAUGUGAUGUCCGCUUUGAAAACAUAUUAUGUGAUGUCCUGUUGGACCAGGGAAGCUUACCUUUAUCAGGUCAUUUCUGUUAGAAUGCUUAAGAUUUUAUGAGUUCUAGAUUCCGUGUGAGUCACUCUUAGUAGUGUAAUAGUCAUACGACUGAACAUCUAGCUGUUUUACAUGUAUUGAUGACAGUUUCUGGUUAUCAUUGUAAAAUAACCUACCUUUUAAAAUUGAGUUUACCAGACGUAAUGGUUUGACCACAGAAAAGUAGGUUGGCCGGUUGAGACACUUGUAGUGCUAAGCGUUCAACUUGUAUUAAAGUGUGACAACACCAGUGAAAUUUUAAAUUUUGUCAAAUAUUAAAAUAUUUCAUUGAAACAAAAUUGGCAGUGUAUGUUAUCAAGAAUUUUCAGAAUAUCUUACACUUGAUCUCAGAAUAAAGUUUUAAAAAACUAAAUUAUUUUACCUUAAAAAUAACUUACAUUUUACUAAAAAAACUGGUAUCAAUAGCUGUUACAAUUUUACCUUCAUAACUUACAACUUGACCCCAAAAUAACUAGCCUCUACAACUAUAUAUUGAGAAUGACAGUUCAGCCAGUAUAUACUUUACAGAUUUAUCUAUAUAAUCAUGAUUUUCUCUAUGGAGCAAUACAUUAUAUGUAUAUUGUGCUCUUUUGACUUCACAUAGAAGAAGAAAAUAACUGCCAAUCCUUAAUAACAAUUCUUUAAGAAUUACAGUAUGUGUACACAGAUUGAGAUGACCUUUGAACUCAAGUUUCUACAGAGAUGACCUUUGAACUCAAGUUUCUAUAGAGAUGACCUUUGAACUAAACUUUCUAUAGAGAUGACAAUUGAUCAUAAAUACUAUAGGGAAGCAUCUGGCUCAGUAGACGAGCAGGACCAUAGUAAUUGUUUUACAUUUCAGUAGACUUACUUCCUCAAUAUUUAUGUCAAAAUUUUUAAUGUUCAAAAUAAAUUCUGUAGAAAUUUCGUAGUAAGGAAAAUCUUUUAAUACCUUUAAUUCAUCCUUGCUCAAUCAAUGUGAUUUUAUUAAAGUGUUUUUGAAGUCACACCUUAUGUUUUAUAUAAAUAAAAAGAUUUAGAAAUCCAUUUUAUUCACAAAUAAAUGUACUUGUUUUAUAUGGUCUGUGACCAUACCAUGAUUCAAUUGAGAGUUACCCCCCUUUAAUUAAAUUUAAUGAUAUUGAUCGAUAAUUAUGUUGUUUAAAUUUAAUGAGAGAUAAUGUGAUUUGUUAAAUGUUGAUUGUUUGUACAUAAGAUAAAGAAAGUGUAUAAAAUAACUAUUUUGAUACGUUAUUGUGUACAUAAGGCUGCCAAAACUAGUGCAGUGUGUAGAAAUCACUGGGUAUGUGUGUAAAAACACCCCUCUAAAUCUGUGUUGAUUCACAUUUCCAGUUGAUCUGGAACAGUCUAUUUUUGUUGAAAGGGUUUAAAGUAUUAUGUUUGUAUCAUGAUUGGACUGCGUUUAACCUUUGCAAAUGUUUCUGUAAGCUAAUUAAUAAACAUAUUUUUUUACAUUAACCCUUUCAAUCCUAAGAAACUUUAGUGGACUCUACCAUUCAUUCAUCAUUUGAAGUCCAAUAUGGUCAGUAGGGGUGAAAGGGUAUAACUAUCACCUUACAGAACACUGCUUGUAUAUUACCUUAUAACCCUGUACAGAUGAACCUUGCUAGAACACAGACUUUAGUUUCUAUAAAAACACCAAAACUCCUGUUUUUUUCUGAUUAAUUAUUCAUGUUAACAUUUGUAGCAUUGCUCCCCAGAGUGAAUUUUAUCUAUAGGCUUAUAUACUUAUCGGAGUGCUCUCAAUUUAACUUACAUAAAGGGAAGUUCCCUUCACCGUGACUUCAGAUGGUUCACCAUUGUGACACUUUGAUGUAAGGAAGGCACUCUGGAGAAUUAUCAUCUAUAUUAGUGCCAAAAUAGUGAAGUAUAUAUUACCACAAUUGCACUCCUGUUCCUCUAUCACAGACACUGGCUGUCAAGUUUACUUAUCUGUCUGAUGAACAUUUAAGAUGUUACUGUUAAUUCACUCUUUUUUGUGUAAUCUUAUUUUCGCUCUGGAAGCAUAUUUUUGCGAUGAUCUUAUUUUCACGAUUUUUGUGCUGGAAGCAUCGCGCUAAAUUAUGAUUAUUCUAACUACAUAUCUUAGAUACUUGUUCUACUGUAAAAAUGUAGGAGUACCAAUUCAUCAAUGUGUUAAUCUGUUAAACGUUGACAAUGUGCUACAAAAAAUAUGUGUGCUAAAAUUUGAGUCGACCAAUAUUAGUAUAAUUCAUUUCAUCAGAUAUCCACUUAAAUUUAUUAUAUCAAGAUGACAAACUGCACAAUUUUUUUAUCAUUUUCAAAGUCAGGCUGUUUGUAAGAUGAAAUGCUUUAAAUUUACUUUUAAAUUUUCUAAAAGUAAAACUUGAAAUGUCACAGUGGUAUUAACACUGAUUAUAACGAAAUAAUUCUACUGUAAGAUGAAAUGCUUUAAAUUUACUUUUAAAUUUUCUAAAAGUAAAACUUGAAAUGUCACAGUGGUAUUAACACUGAUUGUAACGAAAUAAUUCUACCGAAAUUGGUUUUGUUACAUGUGAUAAGUCAGCCGAGCGCGCCAGUCUUUUAUAGAUAAAUAUAAAUUGUAAAGCCACUCGGGAACCAAAGAAGAAUGUAAUUGUGGUUGAGAAAACCAAAAUCUUUGUGGUUAUCAGAAACUUUCUGUUUUAAGGAAACCAAAAUCUUUGUGGUUAUCAGAAACUUUCUGUUUUAAAGUAAACCAAAGACUUUUUGGUUAUCAGAAACUUUCUACAUGUAUUUUACAGAAACAAAGUUUAUUAUUUAUAAAUUAUUUAGUAUUCGUGACCCUUAGAACCAUUUUGAAUUACAGAAACUAAAGUAUUUGUGGUCCUCGAAGGUUCGACUGUACUGGGGAUCUGCUGAGUAACUUGUCUGUGAGAGGGUGAUCACAUAUCAUGUUGGGGCGGAGUGGGUCAUUAGAUAUAGUAAUUAAUAGAUGGUUUAAGUUUUAUUUACCGUUAGUAUUAUAGACCAAGCAUGUUUGUAUUAUUAUAAACAAAUACAUGUAUGUAUUAAUAUCUUAGGUUGUCGCUGAAUUCAUCAAAUCAAGUGUGUUUGUAUUAAUAUUUAGAACAAACACGCCUUAAGUUGUUGCUGAAUUCAUAUAAAAUAUUUUCCUAUUUAUAAAACAACUUUUUUUUAAUGAUGACCAUAUUGUUGUAAAUCACACACAUUCCAAACCUGGAUUUGUCUCUUCAUUCCUGAACACACAUUAUGGUAUGUAUCCUACAGUCCUGAUAUGAGAUAUGUUGUACAGAGUAUGUGAUGCUAAUACAAAGUCUUAUCAUCAUCAGUUUUAAUUUUGCCAAUGGUCAAAAAUGGUCACUGCC